AUGAGUGCAGACUGUCUCCAGCUGGGAGGAGAGCAGUUUGCACCUCAGUGCUACUCAGCCAUGAUACUGAGCCCUCUCUUUGUAGCAGUGGUGGUGGUCUUCGCCAGUGCUGUCACUGGCUGCCCAGUCCUGUGCACAUGCCGCAGCCAGGCCGUGGAUUGCAGUGGGCUUCGGCUCUUUUCGGUGCCACCAGAUCUUCCGCUGGACACCAGGAACCUAAGCCUGGCUCACAACCGCAUCACUUCCAUCCCUCCAGGAUAUCUUACCUGCUAUUCGGAGCUGAGGGUGCUGGAUUUGCGGAAUAACUCCCUGGCUGAGUUGCCUGUUGGGCUCUUCCUGACAUCCAAGCACCUGUCUCAUUUGGACUUGAGCUACAACAACUUGACUCAUGUGGUGGCUGACAUGUUCCAGGAGGCCUACAAUCUAGUGCACAUCGACUUAAGCCACAACCCCUGGCUGAGGAAAGUGCACCCUCAAGCUUUCCGGGGCUUAGUUCAACUCCAUGACCUUGACCUCAGCUACGGAGGCCUGUCCUUCCUCAGCCUUGAAGCCCUGGAGGGUCUCACAGGCCUGGUGACUCUUCAAAUUGGAGGCAAUCCCUGGGUGUGUGGUUGCACCAUGGAGCCACUGCUGAAGUGGUUGAGGAACAGGAUCCAGAGGUGCAUGUCAGAUACUCAACUGGCAGAGUGCCGCGAGCCACCUGAGGUGGAAGGAGCCCCUUUGUUUUCACUGACUGAGGAGAGCUUCAAGGCGUGCCACUUGACCUUGACCCUGGAUGACUAUCUCUUCAUUGCCUUUGUGGGCUUCGUGGUCUCCAUUGCUUCAGUGGCCACCAACUUCCUGCUGGGCAUCACAGCCAACUGCUGCCACCGCUGGAGCAAGGCGAGUGAGGAGGAGGAGAUUUAG